ACUCACUCAGCUGUCUCUUUCGUUAUACACUUCACUGGUCUUGCUUUACGUGUUGGUGCCGCUCUUCGGUGACGACGCCACACAUCUAUGUGCUACGAGUUUCGCGUUAUGGAGCUUGUUCGGUCUGUUUUCUGGUGUAUGACACUCAGUCGCGCGUCGGGUUCCUUGUAAAUUUCACGUGUUUGGUCUGGUUUUGCAACAGUUUGCCGGUUUUAACUUUUAGCUGUGGUUGUUGUUAUUGUUGUGCGUUUACCGAAUACUUGCUUUGCAUUUUUAUUUUUUAUUAUCGCGCGUGUUUGUGACUUUGCAUUUGCUUUUGCCUUCGCCAGACGGUAAACACCCAUAUACGAGCUCUAGCCAGAGUGUUGGAGUUCGGAAGAAGUACAAUUGCGGAUCUGCCUUUCUGCCUUUGGGUUCACAUUUUUGGAAGGAGAUAUGAAAAAUGUAAGUGCACAGAGCCGGUAUUUAUUAUUCUCAAUCAUUCGUAAUUUUAUUUAAACGCUUUAGCAUAAAGUGAAUGUAGUUGCUUGAAGAGGUUUUUGUUUUGAAGCUAUAGGUAGUCAAUUAUUAUGGAUAUAUAUCUACAUAAGUUCAUACAUACAUACAUAUGUACAUAAGUAGUCUGAAGUGAUAGAGAGAAAUUACGGGCGGUCCGUUAGGGUCUAAAAUUGUGUAAUUGGUAGUAUAGUUAGUAAAACACCGAAACAACCAUAUGCUUGCGAACCAAAGCUGUGGAGGGGAAGACACUUUUCAACGGAGGGAAUUUAUACCGAGUCAUUUGUAUUUGGCACUCGCUUAAAAACACUAAAUAUUCGGCAUGUGUGUUCUAAGAGAUCAGACAUACAUAUUUAUUAAUUUCUUUUCAAAAUGUCACGUGGCACAGACAUGAUCGAAGAUGAACGAAAAAAACAACAUUAUUCGAUGGUGAAGUGAAAUCUUUUCACGAAAUAUCUUAGCGCAUUAAUAGAAGUUAUAAAGUAGUAGGACAUUUUUUAAGAGAUCAUAAAACAUAUGGUAUUAAAAAUGAUCAUUGUGGAAGAAAAAAAUCGUCAACGUCGUGCAAAUCGUGAUUGUCAACGUCUGGAUAUCAUUCGUAAAGUGCAAAAAAUGGAAGAAUCACCAGCUGUAAGAACAUAUUUUCUAAAGGAAAGACAGAAUAAAAGUUAUAAUAUUGACAAAUUAAUUGAGGAACAAAUGCCUGUCAGAAAGUUACUGAGUAAGGGCACACGGAAAUCGCUGCCCUCUAAGCAAACAAAACAGGCCUUCCAUAAUCAAUACACUCCCACACGCUAUGAACGUGAACGCGCCACAAUGAAGAACAAGCCGCGCAAGGUGCUCAAUCUGGAAGAGCGCGUACUGGCCAUACGCUUGUACCAAGAGAAGCCGGUAUACCAGCGUGUGGCUUCCAUCUUCAAGUGCAGUUGGGAGCAAGUACGCAACGUCAUAGCUAAUCGCGACGACAUAUUGCGCUAUUAUGGCGAAUGUCAGACUGUGACGCACAAGGAUACGCCGCAAUUUGCGCGCAACAAAAAAAUCAACUUUCUCGGCAAUAUCACAUACGAGUUUGUGCGACGCGCCUACUACCAUCGCAGCGCGACGCUCAACGAUGAAACUUUGCGACAGCGUGCACUCAAACUACGUGACAUCCUGCAAAUCCAACAGUUUCAUCCGAAUAAGGCAUGGUUGGCCGAUUUCAAGAAGGUCUACAAUGUAGAGUGGCAAAAUUUGGACGCGCUAAUUAUAUGCGGUGUACCGCCUCGUUCGCUUGAUAACAAGGAUUUGAUUGAAUAUUGUACACGUAUGAUUUCGAAGGCGCAGUCGAUGAUAGGUAAAGUGCCCAAACCGCUGUCAAAGAAGGAGAGCUCGCAACUCUACGAUACAGAGGAUGCGGAUAAUGAGUCGGCCAGUAGUGAUGACGCUGGCGUUGGUGGUGGUGUUGAAGGUAGUUUCGAUGACAACGCAUCCGAAUCGAUGUUCGCUGAGCAAUUCGAUAACGUGCCUGUGGUGAAUGAAAUUGACGAUUUUUCCGGCACUUAUUUAGACACACCAGACAAUGAAGAUGAAGGCUUCAAUGGUUUUGAGCCCACAGGCGCCAACAACAAUUACGCUGACACUAUGGAAACAGAAACAUACGAUUUACCACGUACUACCGUAAGCCACGAGGCUGCAGCGCUCACAGAAAUAACAGCGGAGCCAGCUUUGUUAGCCGAAGUGCAGAUUAAGCAGGAGCGACGCAGUCGCAGUCGUAGCCGCAGUCCGCCAUUGCUAUCGCCAUUGACCGUGACAAGUGGCACGAGCACAAGCGCCACGACAGCGGGUGGUGGUGGUGGUGUUGGCGUCAAACGCAAGCAUUCAGCUACAACAACACCAAAUACAACAACAAAUAGUGGCGAAUCAAAUAGCAAGCGUAUAAAAACCGAUGUUAUGACCACUUACGCGGAGGCGUUGCGCAAUUUGUGCCCUUUAGAGGACUUCGCGGCGCAGCAAGAGGAUUUUCAGGCCAUAAAUUUGUUGAUGCAAUUGGCGCGCGUCUUCGAGAAGGGCGCUAAACGCAGUACUGCACAAAAACGAAUAUUUAAUUCGUAAUUAAAGCUUUCUGAAAAAUAAAAAAAAAUUAUUUAAAAAAAUAUGUAUGUAUGUAUGUACGUUUAUGAAUACGAGAGUGUGUAAAUAUGUUAGUUUGAGGCUCUCUAUGUAGAUAUUCCGUGCAUUAAGUGAUGCAUAAGAAGUUAAUACACAAGAGUAAUAUAAAUAAAAUGCCCCACAAUUAAUCGAAAUAUUA